UGGCUGUGCUUUGGAGAAAUGCAUUGCUAUGAAGAAGCCACCAGUUUACUAUGAUAUUAUUGAUCUCAUUGAAAAUGAGAAGUAGGAAUAUUUUGUGUGGGUAUAAUUUUGUCGUGUUUUAAGUUUAAAAUUCCUUUUCUGCUUAUAUUGAUCUUAUUUUUGAUGUAAUUAUGUUAAUGUGUGCUCUAUAGUAAAUUUUAUAACUUGGGCGUGUCAGCAAAGAAGCUCCUUUGUUCUCAAAUCUUAAAUCUCAUCUAAAAUGUUCUUCAAAAUUUUAACUAUCAUCACCUCAAUCUUCAUAUACACUGUUGCCUCUGAGGAAGGUCACCAGCAAUGGGAUGUUAAGUUGGACCCACUGAAGUUAUAUGACAGGGAAAACUGGAUACCAAUUUGUUUUGAGAAUUUAGCUGUAGCUCAUGUUGCAUGUCGACAACAAGGAUUCACUAAUGCUUCUGGACUAUUCAAGCAAUCUACAAUAAGAUUCGGUGAGGUAUAUGUAGUUACUUGCCCAACAGUUUCAAAUUACUUUUUGUAUGGUGAAACGAACAUUAUGCGCUGUAACAUCUCACAUCAAGUGGCAUCUAAUUGUACAACUGCAUCAGUUAACUGUAGUAGUAAGUUUUUUAUGAGAGUGAGUGAUUUUACAUGUAUGCAUACCUACUCUAAUGCUGCAUAGUGAUACGUUAUUAAAAUUUUAACAUACAUGUAAUAAUGACACUGUGCUAUGACUGAUGCACCUAUUUGUAAUAAUGUUAAAUGUUGCAUUAUUGUAACAGAUAAAGAU